UCAUCGGCUGGGUCGGUCGCGUAUUUAAUUACGGGAAGUUCGUAACGACUGCUUCAAAAUGCUCAUAAUGUAUUGCGAAAACAAGAAUAACUUUUCAAAGUCAAUGUAAAACUAGUGAGCUCAAAUGUGUAAUGCAAUAUAUUGGAACUAACCAUCAAUACGUUCUUCGAAAAAAAAUAGUGAAUGAAUUAUAGUUGCAUUGAGUAUAUGGAAAUUGUGCACCAAAUUGGAGCGAACAUCUCUACGUUUUGGAUUAGGUCCAAUCAAUAGUGUUCUGAAUAUUGCUAAUAGCGUAUAAUAUGGAUGUGAUAGUUGUAUAUCAGUCCUAAUAAAACAGAAAAGUGGAUAAGUGAGGGUCUCUGUUACACUUUCUAUUACAGGUAUCAAUCUGCAGGGAACGGCAACAAAAUUUCAUAAAAUAAUUCGCAUGCUCCAUGUGUGAUGGGGAUAGUUCUCAAACAUAGCAUCAUUUGCUGGAAAAUUGGUCUCGCUUCAACACUUUAAAGCCGCACACCGAAGUCAUGGACAAGCACAACGAAGUGCUUCUGAAUACAUUCGUGAUAUCGAAAAAAAAGUACCGUGUGUUCUACAAUGCCGGUGUCUUCGUGUGGGAAGCUGAGAAGUCGAAAAAGGAUAAAGUUACGAUUCCCAUAACUGAUAUCAUAUCUGUCGCGGUAUCAACUACCGCAAGUGGUAGAUCUUCUAGUAAAUAUGUUCCACAAAACAUAGCUACAACAUACGGAACUACUUCUAGUACCCACGCACCGAUGAACGAGGACAUUGAUUUCGAACGCAUUCCAGUUCUUCAUACAUCGGAAUCGAUUUCAACUAAUGCCACUAUCAAUACAGUAACGACUACGACCAACGUCAGCAACAGAGUGAACUCGUAUGACUUGUUGAACGCAGAGACUAACACUGCUGAUGAAAUUCUAAGUGGACGAGGCACGGCCAGCGCAAACUAUUUAAUUAUACAUUAUACGCGACUUGUUUCGCACCGUACCUGUAAGUGGAGAGUGCAACAGCUGGUGCUUUUUAACAUCGAGCAGCGAAUCAUAAGGCUAUGGUACAACCGGUUAUCGGAAGAUAUCAGAGAUCAAAAUCGACCAAAAAAUCUGCUACUGUUUCUGAAUCCGUAUGGAGGCAAGCGGAAAGCAUUCGCUUUGUUCCAGAAAUAUGCAAAGCCUCUGUUCAAGCUAGCCCAGAUCGAUGUCAAUCUUAUCAUUACUCAGCGAGCCCAGCAAAUAUAUGAUAUCAUGACUUCGCAAACAAUAAACUUGAACUCAUACGAUGGAAUUGUGUGCUGCGGAGGAGACGGGACUUUUGCUGAGCUUUUCAAUGGGCUUGUUUACAGAACAAUGAUUGACUUAGGAAUGGACAUAAAUAAACCACCAUAUAUUCCGAAACCAACUAUUCCCAUCGGUAUUAUCCCAGCCGGUAGUACCGAUACCGUAGCAUACUGCUUGAAUGGAACUACAGACGUUAAAACUUCCAUCAUUCAUAUAAUCCUGGGUCAAUCCUACGGAUUAGACAUUUCCAGUGUAUAUCGUAAUAGCAAUGUUUCUCCUAGUAACGUAAACGCAACUUGUAAGCCCACUGAAAAAGAUAGUAUUGAUAAUAAUCGACCACAGCUGCUCAAAUUGUACGCCAGCGUACUCUCCUAUGGAUUUCUUGGCGAUGUAUCAGUGGAUAGUGAGAACUAUCGGUGGAUGGGCCCGAAAAGAUAUGAUUACUCAGGUUUUAAGAAAUUCCUGCGAAAUCGUGGCUAUGAAGCGGACAUUACAAUACAGAUUGAGAAAGAAGAUAUCGACGGCGUUCGAGUGGACCGUAACAAUCCUCACGAUGGAGUACGGUGUUUGGAAAAUUGCCAGCGCUGUCAACUGGCAUCGACCAAGAAUAACAACUCAAUUAACUGUGAUAUUGAAGAAGUGACUGUCAGUGGAAGGUUCCUUAUGGUUAAUGGUGCUAACAUUUCUUGCUCAUGUUACCGAAGUCCGCAAGGAUUUAAUCCAUACAGUCACCUUGGUGAUGGCUAUAUAGAUCUGAUACUAGUGCGACAUACAUCAUUCCUGAAUAAUAUUCGUUUACUUCAAGCAAUGUCAUCCAAAGUGAAAAAGAUUAGCGAUUUACCGUUUGUAAAGAUCUAUCGAACAAAGAAAUUUUCAUUCCACGGAGACGCUCGGCAGUUUCCUGACAAAGGGCGGGAUAAUACGGCAAUGGAGAGCGGCGAGCAUGAGCAAACUUCCUCAACAAGCAAUACCUGUAAUGUAGACCACUCCAGCGAUAAUUCGAAGAAUACAUCUAGGCAAAACGACGUAUCUACAUGGAACUGUGACGGGGAAAUUCUUUUGGAUACAAAUAUCACAGUAGAAUGCAAUUGCCAGCUAAUAAAUGUGUUUCGCCGAGGAGUCAGCUGUCAUGACAAUAGCUGUAUUGAAAAUAAUCCAAGUUUCUUAAACUGCUGUGGGCUGUGUAAAUAACUCCUAUAUCGUGAGGACAUCCCAUGAAGUGUAAGAUUAAUCUCCAUCAUUUCUACCCAGAAAUUAGUUUCUAAAAAACCUACCUGUGAUUGGUAUUCGGAAAAAAGUAUCUGUGUAUGCUUUAAGACUUUAACAUUAAGAUUUGGCACUUUUGUCUUCUAAAAUACAUAUUGUUUUGUAUUGUAGAAAUUUCCAUUCUAGUCAAUGGAACAUUCCGGUAGAAUCACAGUAUCCAAAAGUGUAAUAAAAGCAAAAAAAAAUGGAUAGUCGCUGGUAGAAUAUCCUUUCUAGUUUUAGCUGAUAGUGUUACUGUUUAGGAUUCUGAGUCCAGAAACGAGUAUUCUAGCAAGGAAGUAUAGUUAAGAUUACAAUAAGAAGGCACCUAUGAGAUAGGUAUUUCAGUUGAAUCCCCCUAUUAACACUAGUCGCAUAUAUUUUGUAAUGCAUCCUCAUGUGCUGGUUUUGUAUGAAGUUGGAAUAAAACUUACUCGCUCAGAAUUA